AUCUAUACUUAAGAAAGGAGCCUAAACUGAAUCGUAUGAGAUCUUGCGGAAGAAAAAGAUCAGGAAGCGUAAAUCUUGGACAGGUGGCGAUCAAACAAUGCUUUUGCAUUCUUUUUAUAUAUGGAAGUACAGAUAUUGCAGGCAUAACGUUACGUUGUAGAGAGUGAUGGGAGUGGUGGCGGUCAUCGGAGGAGGGAUAAGAGGGCUGGUGUCGGCCUAUGUUGUGGCCAAAGGCGGCGUUGACGUGGUGGUUUAUGAGAAAGAGAAACAGCUAGGUCGCCAUGCAAUCACUGUCAACUUUGAUGCCACUGAUUUAGACCUCCGCUUCUUAUUUCUAAAUCCAGCAAGUUAUGCAACAAUGUUGGAGAUGUUUGAAAGCCUUGGAGUUGAUGUGGAGACAUCUGAUGUUUCAUUCUCUGUUAGCCAUGACAAAGGCAAUGGCUAUGAAUGGUCCAGCCAAUAUGGUUUUUCAAACUACUUUGCUCAAAAGAAGAAACUGUUGAAUCCUUUCAACUGGCGAAACCUCAGAGAGAUUAUCAAGUUCGGGAAUGAUGUCGAGAGCUUUGCCAUUUCUCUUGCCGGUCAUCGGACCUCUUUUGGCUACCGCUUAUGUUUUUCUUUACUUUUGGACUUGUGUUGCAGCUACCUUGAAUUGCUUGAGAACAACCCAGACAUUGAUCGUAAUGAAACCUUCGGACAGUUUUUAAAGUCAAGGGGUUACUCGGAAAAUUUCCAGAACAAUUAUCUGGCUCCCAUAUGUGGUGCAAUGUGGUCCAGCUCCAGGAAAGAUGUUAUGAGCUUUUCAGCCUUCUCCGUUCUUUCAUUUUGGCGUACUCACCACUUAUACCAGCUAUUUGGACAGCCGCAGUGGUUGACUAUCAGAAGGCACUCAUAUUUUGUUAAAAGGGUCAGAGAUAUGCUGGAGAGUAGAGGUUGUCUAUUUAAACUUGCUUGUCAAGUACAAAGUGUUUUGCCUGCUGAUAAUGGUACCACUGUGGUCCGUGGAGAUGGUUUCAGAGAAACUUACAAUGGAUGCAUAUUGGCUGUUUCUGCUUCCAAAGCCUUAAGACUCUUAGAAAACCCAACAUUUGAAGAAAAGAGAGUGUUGGGUGCAUUCCAAUAUGCUUCUAGUGAUAUCUACCUUCACCGUGAUAGUAAUUUAAUGCCUAAGGACAGAUCAGCUUGGAGUGCACUGAAUUUUCUCAAUGGUAGAGAAAAUAAAGCAUGCUUAACAUACUGGCUCAAUGCGCUACAGAAAGUUGGGAAAACAAGUCAGCCAUUUUUUCUGACUGUCAACCCACACAAUACCCCAAAUGAUACCUUGCUUAAGUGGUCGACUAGCUGUGCAAUUCCCUCUGUUGCUGCAUCAAAAGGUUCACUUGAGCUUGGUCAGAUUCAGGGGAAGAGAGGAAUCUGGUUCUGUGGCUAUGACUUCCAUGAGGAUGAAUUAAAGGCUGGUAUGGAUGCUGCACAUGGUAUCUUGGGAAAGCAUUCUUCUGUUGUGUACAGUCCAAAGCAUUUGUCACCUUCUUUCAUGGAAACAAUGGCAUGCCUCUUUGUUGCUAAAUUCUUUCAACAAUAUGUAUCAGCAGGCUGCAUAAUUUUCUUAGAGGAACGAGGCAGAAUUUUCACUUUCAAAGGGAACAUGGAAAAGUGUCCUCUUAAAUCUGUUCUGAAAGUGCACAAUCCUCAGUUUUACUGGAGGAUCAUGAAAGAAGCUGAUCUAGGCCUUGCAGAUGCAUAUAUCAAUGGGGAUUUUUCUUUUGUUGAUAAGGACAAAGGUCUUCUUAAUCUUUUCCAGAUACUUGUUGUCAAUAAAGAGUUGAACUCGGCUGCCUCAGGAUCGAAUAAAAGAAGGACUUGGUUGUCACCUGCACUGUUCACUGCUAGUAUAUCAUCUGCAAAGUAUUUCACUAAGCAUCUCUUGAGGCAAAACACUGUUACACAGGCUCGCAGGAACAUUUCUCGUCAUUAUGAUCUGGGUAAUGAACUUUUCACUCUAUACUUGGGUGAAACGAUGCAAUACUCUUCUGGAGUUUUUAAGACCGGCGAAGAACAUUUGGACGUUGCACAGCGAAGAAAAAUCAGUUCUCUAAUUGAGAAAACGAGAAUCGAAAAGUGGCAUGAAGUUCUGGACAUUGGGUGUGGUUGGGGAAUCUUAGCUAUUGAAGUUGUCAAAAGAACAGGAUGCAAGUAUACUGGCAUCACUCUAUCAGAGAAGCAACUGAAAUAUGCUGAAGAUAAAGUGAAGGAAGCUGGACUUGAGGGAAACAUCAAAUUACUUCUCUGUGACUAUCGCCAGUUACCCAAGACAAACCAAUAUGACAGAAUCAUAUCUGUAGAGAUGGUAGAACAUGUUGGUAAAGAAUAUAUUGAGGAGUUUUACAGAUGCUGUGACCAGUUAUUGAAAAAAGAUGGGCUUUUCGUUCUCCAGUUCAUAACAUUGCCAGAGGAGCUUUCCAAAGAAGUCCAGCAAACAGCAGGUUUUAUAAAGGAAUAUAUCUUCCCUGGUGGAAUGCUGCUUUCUUUCAAUACGCAUUUAUCAGCUAUGGCAGCUGCAUCAGGAUUCUGUGUGGAGCAUGUGGAAAAUAUAGGAAGUAGUUAUUAUCACACACUAAGAUGGUGGCGAAAAAAUUUCCUGGAAAAUACAAGCAAAGUCCUGGCUUUGGGGUUUGAUGACAAGUUCAUGCGGACAUGGGAAUAUUAUUUUGAUUAUUGUGCAGCUGGUUUUAAGACGGGAACGCUUUUAGAUUACCAGGUUGUAUUUUCACGAGCAGACAAUUUCGCUACACUUGGCGAUCCGUACAAAGGCUUCCCUUCAGCAUAUUCCUUCAUGGAUACUUGACCCAAAUAGGCAGGCAAAAUGAGCAGCCAUGGCACUACCGUUCGUUUAUUUAUAACCAUAUAUGCUGCAAUGCAAGAUAACUGAGUUAGUAUCUUGAAACCAACUUUGUUAAGAAAAUUAUUAAUGAAAUAAAAUAUAUUAAUAUAGUGGUGUUUUUAUCGUUUA